UUCUGCCCAAGGUCGACUUGAGCAGCCUUUACACCAGGGUUUAUCAGCCCAAGGCGGCUGUGCUGGUUGAAAGUUCCCUUUACUGGAUGCUUGUUGGAAAUUUGGUUGGUAUUCUCGAGUUUGAUUUGGUGAAGUGGAGCAUCGCCCUGAUACCGGCGCCGGUCGAUGUGUUUACCGAAGGAAAAUAUGAAUUCACAGUUUUGCGGACAGAGGGUGGUGGCCUUGGUUUCCUCUUCCUGUCAAAGUCAGACUUCAGUGCCCAAUUAUGGAAGAGAAGGACAACUAGUGAUGGUGUUGCUUCAUGGGAGCUGGGAAGAACAAUUGAACUGGACAAGCUAAUUCCCCUUAAUUCGAAGGAGAGAGCCCACACAUUCAUAGUAGGGUUUGCUGAGGACAAUAAUGUGGUAUUCCUGUGGAUGGUGAUGGGCGCCUUCAUGAUCCAUCUUGAGUCACUGCAGCUGAAGAAACUUCCCGAUCUCACCGUGAUUUCCUGCUAUCAUCCAUUUGAAAGUGUCUUUGCUGCAGUUACUGGCAUGCCUUUACACAUAUCAAAAUAG